GCAACUCGCACCACUUCGGCGGGUCGCCGGCGGCAGCGGCGGCCACCGGCUCGUGGCCGCACCACGCGCACGCGCACGGCCAGGCGGCGGCGGUGGCGGCGGCGGCGCACGUGCACCAGGCGGCCGUGGUGGACUCGUACUCGCACGCGCACGCGCACGCGGCACACGCGCACGGCGUGGCGGCGGCGGCGGCCGCGGCCGGCCACUUCUACGCGCAGCCGCCGGUCGUCAUGCCGUCGUGGACGCGCUCCGCCUACGACGCCCACCCGGCCUUCCAGCGCGCCUCGCCCUACGACGGCGACGCGGCGCCUGGGGCUGUGCUGCACCAACUGCGGCACGCGCGCCACCACCCUGUGCGCGCAACAACGAGGGCGAGCCCGUGUGCAAACGCGUGCGGCCCUCUACUUCAAGCUGCAACGGCGUCAAACCGGCCGCUGGCCAUAGCGCAAGGACGGCAUACAGACGCGGCAAGCGAAAGCCCAAGAAGGCUCAAGGGCCAGAGGGCGCGGCGGCCCCGGGCGGGCGCCACGGCCCUCUCAUACCGCGGGCGCCGGCGCGGGCGGCGGAGCGCGGGCUCGGCAGGCGGGGG